AUGGAGUUCGCGGAGCGCGCCCACCUCUUCAUGGGAGCGCUCUUCAGCCGCUGCGAGGUCGUCACCUACGCCAUCACCGGCGUCAUCGCCCUCUCCCUCACGCUGACUGCGGAUCCCGACCGAGCCGCGUGGGCGUGGGCCGCGGCGGGCUGGGGCGCGCUCUCUGCCGCAUCGUUCGUGAUGGGCGCGCUUCUGGGCGUAAACGGGCUGGUCGGGACGGCCAUCUUUCGCGCGGCGCUGAUGGCGUUUGGAGGCGGCGCGUUGCUGGAGGCGGGCGCCGUCGAGAUCUUUGCCCACCUGCUCCACGAGGACCACGACACGCCCGGUGUCGGCAUCGUGUGCAUGCACCGCAUGCUCCGCAUCCUCGGCGAGCGGAAGAAGCGGCAGCGAAAGGGCCUCAUCUCCGCGGCCAACGGCGGCGCUCAGCCGGUCCCAGAGAAGCUGAAGGCCGUCGUGGAGGCGUUGGAGAGGCUGAAGGGCUUGGUCGUGGAGGCGGUGGAGAGGCUGAAGGGCUUGGUCGUGGAGGCGGUGGAGAGGCUGAAGGGCUUUGUCAGCAAGCACCGCACCCGCAUCGUCGACGUCGAGCGCGCGCCCCUAGAUGAGGGCCACCGACCCGUGGGGAGUAGCCGCUUCCUGGACGGACCAGGGCCGCACUCCGCUGCGUUGAGCUCGCACGCGCCGCCGCUGCCGUCCGCGCUCGCCUCUCCGGAGGAGGACGGCGCCGCGGGGGAAGACGGCGCCGACCUCAAGAUGCAGAAACUGGAGGACGGUGAGGCGGUGGCAGACGGGGCGGCAGGCGAAGGAGCGGAGGGAGGCGCCGAGGCCAGCGCCGAGGUGGCCGGGGGGGGGGCCGGGGAGCGGACCUUCUCGGAGCGUCUCUCCACCCGCGGGGAGGAGGCGACGCCGGCGACACCGGCACCGGCGCCAGCGGCGGAGGCGGCGGAGGCGGCGGCGGGCGGCGGCGGCGAGUGCCUCGACAUUGUCGCGCCCGAAGGGGCGGCGCUGAUGCCGGAGUCGCCGCCGUGGCAGGACAUCUCUCUCCCCACGUACAACGAGCUGCAGCUGGAGGACGGCGACGACGACUCCUCUCUGAUUGCCUUUGUGGUCGCCCUCCUGCUUGCCAACUUCCCCGAGGCGCUCGCCGGCUCAAACACGCUCGUCCUCAACGGCUACGGCAAGGGCCGCGUCGUCACUCUGUGGCUCGCCGUCAUGGCGAUCACGGCCGGGUGCGCCUUUCUCGGCUCGCUCGCCUUCGACCCCGCCGUGCAGGAGGAGUGGGGGACACAGGCGGCGCAGGCCUUCAUCGAGGGCGUGUGCGGCGGGAUGAUGGGGGCCAUGGUCUUCAACACCAUCCUGCCCGAGGCGAGCGAGAUGGUGGGCGGCUCGCACUCGACCGUGCUCACGGGCGUGGCGGGCAUGUCCGGCUUCCUCCUCGCCCUCCUCGUCUCGCUGGGCGCCACGUACGUCGGCGAGGGCCACGGCCAACCCCCGCGGCAUUGCGGCGUGGCCGGCAAUGCGUGGCCUCGCGCGGUCGACGCCGUGAGCCCCGCGCAGGCCCGGCUGUGGGCCUCGUACGACACGCUGCGCAUCAGCGGGCCGUGGGAGCCGCUCACCUACACGACUCCGGACGCGGUCGAGCUGACCUCGCGCUGGAAGGAGGGCGAGACGUACACCUUCUCCUUCACGGCGACCUCCAACUGCAGCACGAAGCAGCCGCUCGCCUUCGAGGGCGGCGGAGACGACUACUUCGAGUUUGGCAUCUUCCCGGGGCUCACGCCCCGCUUCUACUCGCUGACGGAGGAGGUCAAGCUGAAGGCGCCGGGCGAGGGCAAGAGUCUCCCCUUUGGCGGCUUGCACGCCCUGCGCAAGAACGAGGAGGCGUGCUCCAUCACCCUCACCGCCAUCUCGGCGCUCAACGCGGCCGCGUGCGGCCCGGAGCCCGUCUCGUCCGAUUGA